CUCUCUUUCUCUCUUCUUUAUAUAUAUAUAUGCAUACAUAUUUAUAAUACUGAAUAAUAAAGAUCAUAAACAUAAUAUGAUAGAUUCACCAGAAAUAUCAGAAGAAUGCAAAGCAUAUGAAAAAUUUGCAUUGGAUCACUGGCAAGACAAUCCAUUUCCAAUGGUAAAGCAUAAAUUAAUUAGAUAUAUUAAAGUUAGAGCGCGAUGCAGUACAUUUGUCAAUUUUAUUACCAAUUUGGAAAAACAUCCUUUACAUGGCCCAGAAUGGUUCAUGAACAUGAGUAAUGACGCUGAUAUACAAAGAAUAAUGAAACUUGCAUAUCAGCUAUGGCCACGUCAAAUAAAACAAUGUCGAUUACCGAUCAUUGGUUUAGGGGUUUUGAAUGAAAAAGGACAAUUUGAAUCCUUUUGGUCAAAGAUUGAAAGACAAACAAAAAGUUAUGAGUCUAAAGUAAAAGUCAUUGAAAAGCCUGGAGGAAAGAAAGGAUUUAUGGUAGUAGAUGAUGAAGAGAUCAUCGAUACGAGGGAUGAAGGCACCUCUGCUAGUCAACCUAUUACAAUUGAAGAACCUUCUUUAACACCAUUUCAUUUAACACUAAGUGAUACAAAGGCCUUAUUAUCUAGAUAUAAUCCUAAUCUUACUUCUGAAUCUUCUUCUUUAAAAAAGAGUUCCAAAAAGGAGCUUUUAUCACAAUUCAAAUCAAUAGAACCAAAAAGAAAAAAUAGACAACGUAAAUCGAUGAGUCCUAGUAUUCAAUCAAGGUCUAAAUCGACUCUACCCUUUCAUUCAACAAAAGGAAAAAGGAGAGGAGACAUGAUACCAAGCCUAGAUGAAGAAGAGAAUCGAGAUGAUGAUGAUGAUGAUAGUGUCUUUGACUUUGAUUAUGAUCACAAAAGAAUAGAUAAAAGUGAAGAGUCAAAAGUGGAUCAAAGUAUUCCAGAACCUAUUAUUCCAAUCAAGUUAAAAUCAACAAAGACAGAAAGAAGUCGAUCAAAUGAGAAAGAAGAAAUAGUGGAUAUGGAUCGUUAUAUAGAGGCUUGGUUUGAAUUUAAUAGUAAAUUGCUUCUAAGUAGACUUAGAUUUGAUAAAACUAAACCAUCAGGAAUAAAAAGAGGAUUCAUAAUGAGUCAAAAAGAUGAAAAUAAAUCAAAACGUAUAGAUAAAAUGAAGAUGAGAUUAGCUUCUUUAUCACCAAAAGCAUGAUAAUAAAAAAAUAAAAAAAUAAAAAAA